AUUGUUCAUAAAGAUUUUCCUUCUCAUUCCCAAUUCACUUUUAACCUUAACUUGGUAGAGCGAGCUUAGAUAAACCGUGAAAAUAUGUUUAGACAUUUAAACAUGAUGUGUUUAAUUUUUCCCUUUUUAAGUUUAAUUUCCGUAGUGUUAGGGGCGGCCAAAGAUAACUAUAAAGAUCAAUUUUGCAUGGACCCGCGUACCAUGGAGAAACACGCGGCGUACUCGGAGUGGCCAGAUUCGUACUCCUGCACGAGACAUAGAUGCCAACCCGGGGGGCGGAACCUAGCUAUUUACACUGUGGGAUGUAAGCGGGUUGAGGCGCCGGAAUCGGCCAUCGAGUGUGAAGAGGUUGUGGAAGACACCAACAUGCAGUUCCCGUACUGCUGCACUCGAUUACGAUGUCUGGUGGUGGUGAGAGGAGAGGUGUGGACGCGAGUGCUGGGCCAGCCGUGGGAAACGCUGCCCGCCGCGCCCUGGAGCCACAUGUACAAGAUGAAGAAGCCACCGCCCGCUGAUAACGCCUUCAACAAAAACGUAGAAGUGAAAGGCCCUGUCUACGAGCUACAAUCGGAGAACGAUAACGAUCGCGACAAAGUGUUGCGCGCGACCAAGAAGUCAGCACCAGCAACUGAUAUCAACGACCCGGCCGCCGCCGCUCGCGCUGUACCUUCUCCUGAUAUUGUGAUUGCUUUAGCAACACCAAAUGAUGAGAAGAAAAAUAAUAAAAAUGAGAUGCCGAGGCACAAUAAGUUUAAAACUUCAAGUGACCCUAACGAUGAAAAUGAGGAACCAGACAAGGAGCAUUUCGACAUCGAAAUUGAUGACGGACCUGGACACGAGAAGACAUCAUGGUCAGCAAUUCCUCAGAGUCAGUGGAAUGUACACGAUCCCGCCAUGGAUGAAGAAAGUCAACACAUUGUGGCUCCUGUUGAUAAAAAAGAGAAGCCAUCAGGUCUCCAAGCGCUGGUAGAUGCGAUUGGCAACAGAAUGAGAGACAUAGAGAACGUGGUGCAGAAGAUGAGCGAAAAAGUGCAUAAUAAACCUGAGAACGAAAUCGUUAGUGGAGAAACAAGGUCUGACAGCGAGGCACCAACUAAACAUCAGAAAUCUGAGGAAAAGGGACAUGGCAGAGAUAAUAUCGAGAAAGUAAAGAAACCAAGCUCAGAUGGCGAACAUUAUAAAAGUAGAUUCUCUGUCAAGAACCGCGGUAGCAAAUACCUCCGUAACAUCGACGUCACCAGCGAGCAACCAAUCAUCGUUGAAGACACCAAUCUCAAUGGUUACUUCAGUGACGCUAGCAAUAGCGUUAUGAGGAGCAGCUUGCCAAAGGAGCCAGGUGCAGUACUGACUUAUAUGGCGCCGGUGGACAGCCGCCGCAGAACUCAUGACCAUUCCGUUUCCGAGGAAGGGGACAAGAAACAUAAAAAACACACACACAAGAAGAAGCACAAGGGCAAAGGUCACAAGAAACAUCACAAUAAAGAAGAGAAGAAACAAGACAACGCACUGGUGUCUGCAGAAUUAGACAAGAACCCCGCGUCAUUAGAAGAUAGUAGAUCUAACCUUUGAAUCACUAUUGUCUCUCUCUUUAGAGCCUCGAUAGCUCAACGGUUGAGGAGCGGACUGAAUUCCGAAAGGUCGGCGG